AAGGCAGGUACCAUUGUUGCACAAACAAUGGAUAUAUCUCAAGCAAAGCUAGCAAGAUUUAAUAGAAAGCAGUACCAACAUAAGCAAUCCAGCAAUAAGAAUGUUGAAUCUAAAGGAAAUGUUAGAGCAAGGAAGGUCUCACAAAGAAAGAUUGCAAUGUUUGAUGGAAUGAGUUCAAUGACACAAGAUUCAAGUUUAUCUCAUUCAAAUUUAGAGAAUGUCCAGCCACUGGACAUAAAUCCCAGUGUUCAACCACUGGAGAUAAAUCCCAACUACACCCUUAUAAGCGGUUCAAUUGCUAAGAGGAAAGCGGAUAGGAUUCCUCUAUCACCUUUGAAUCCAAGUUCUACUAUGACUCAAAACAUAUCUCAAGAUUUGAACUUAACCGUUCAAUCAAAAAGAAUCCGAACUCCAAAUCCCAAGUACUUUUCUCCUACAUCGUGUUUCAUUAACACUCUCACAGAAGAUACAUACAAUACUCCAAAAUCAACACGACGGAGUGAAUACCAAAAAGGAUCUAAUUCAGCUUCUGAUAAAGUUACCAAUUCAGCUUAUUCAAAUGUUAUCAAUCCUACUUUUGAAAAUGAUCAGGGAAAAUUCUCAAGGAAAGUUCCACUACAAAAUAAAUACAUUGGUGUUCAAAGAUUAGAUUUUGAGAAUGUCACACAAGGGUCUUCUGAAGUAAUAGAUGAACUUGAUGAUUUCAAAUCAACAUUCUAUGCAACUUCUGAAACCGAAGCUAUCGUUAAUUUUGGGCUUCCGGAAUUUACAUGCACAAAGUGCUAUGCUGAACUGUGGUAUGAGGAAAGAUCAGAAAAAACAAGAACUGGAAAUCAAAUUGAGUUUUCUAUUUGCUGUCAAAAAGGAGAAGUGAAACUACCUCUUUUAAAAAGACCUCCAAAACUAUUGCUAGAUUUAAUAAAUGGUCAUGAUCGAAGGAGCAGUAACUUUAAGGAGAACAUUAGAGCUUACAAUAGCAUGUUUGCGUUCACUUCAAUGGGUGGUCAAAUAAACGAUAACAUCAACGAUGGCAGCGGACCUCCUCAAUUUAUAUUAGGUGGUCAAAAUUACCAUAGAAUUGGUUCUUUAUUACCCGAGGCAGGAACCACUCCAAAGUUUGCACAGCUGUAUGUAUUUGAUACACAAAAUGAAGUUAAUAAUAGAGCUAAAGCUUUCAGCUCUGAUAAUAAAAAUACAAAGAAAGAUGCAAUUGAUCUUACUUUAGUUAAAGACCUCCAAGAUAUGAUAUAUAGUUGUAAUCCACUUGCACAAGCUUAUAGGAAAGUCAAAGAUGCAUUUGAAUCCGGCAGUGAGCAUCAUUUUUCAUUAAGAUUAUAUCGAAAUCGUGAAAAAGAUUCGAGGAUGCAUAAUAUUCCUACAGCUGAUGAGGUGGCAGGUUUGAUAGUAGGAGAUUUUGAAGAUUCUGAUAUUGGAAGAGAUGUCAUUAUCAAUGAAAGGAAAUAUGGAUUGACUAGGAUUCAUGAAACUCAUGUGUUGUUCUUGCCUCUUCAAUAUCCCUUAAUCUUUCCGCGUGGUGAAAAUGGUUGGGAACCAAAUAUUCCACGUUAUUUUGAACAAGAAGUAAAUAAGGAAAAGAAAAGAGAAAGAGUUACAAUCAGAGAAUUUGUUGCUUUUCGACUUCAAGAAAGAAAAAUGGAAUUUGGCAACAUUUUGUCUGCUAAAAGGUUGUUGCAACAGUUUGUUGUUGAUGCUUACACCAUGUUAGAAGCCCAGCGUCUGUCAUUCAUAAGAGAAAACCAAUCUAAAAUUCGCCAGGAUGUUCUUAGUGGUCUACAAGAAGCUGUUGAUAGGGGUGAUGUAGAUGCUUCAUUAGUAGGGAAGCGUAUUAUUAUACCAGAUUCUUUCACCGGAGGUCCAAGAUAUAUGUUCAACAAUAGUCAGGAUGCAAUGGGAAUCUGUAAGAGGUUUGGUUAUCCGGAUCUUUUCAUUACAGUUACAUGUAAUGCAAAUUGGCCGGAAAUACGUGACUUCAUUCGUCCCAAAGGUCUUCAACCAUCUGAUCGACCGGAUAUUGUCUGUAGAGUCUUCAAGAUGAAGUUAGAUCAAAUGAUGUUUGACUUCAAAAAAAAUCAAAUCUUCGGCAAGGUUAUAGGAGGCAUGUAUACUGUUGAAUUUCAAAAAAGAGGGCUUCCACAUUUAAUCUCAGCUGAAAUUCCUCAUCCUAAAUUAUAUCCAAAACUACAUGCUGUUGUUUCUUCAUUUAUGAUGCAUGGUCCAUGUGGUGAUGCCAAUCUCAGUUCUCCUUGCAUGAAUGGUAGUCGUCGAUGCUCAAAAUUCUUUCCUAAGAAAUUUAAAUCAGUAACAAGUAUCGAUGAUGAAGGAUAUCCCAGUUACAGGAGACGUGAUACCGGAGUAUUUGUAGACAAGAAGGGAGUGAAGCUGGACAACGGCUUUGUUGUGCCAUACAAUCCUUUUCUUUUGAUGAGGUAUCAAGCUCAUAUUAAUGUUGAAGCUUGCAAUAAGUCCAAUGCCAUCAAAUACCUUUUUAAAUAUGUUAAUAAAGGUCAUGACCGAUCAAAUAUAAUGAUCUCGAAAGGCAAAAGGGUAGCAAAAGAUGAUGAUAGUCUUGACGAAAUUAAAAGAUUUUAUGAUUGUCGAUAUCUAUCUCCGUCCGAAGCUGUUUGGAGACUAUUUAAAUUUGACAUUCAUCAAAAAUUCCCAGCUGUGAUUAGAUUGUCAAUUCAUUUAGAAAAUCAGCAAUCUAUCAAGUUUAAUGAUAACAGUACACUUCAUAAUGUUGUCAGUUACCGUGAAAUGAUCGACACAAUGUUUCUUGCAUGGUUUAAAGCAAAUAUGGAAUAUGAAGAAGCUCGAAAUCUGACUUAUGCAGAAUUUCCUACAAAGUUUGUUUUUAAUACUCAAGAUCAUCGUUGGCAACCAAGGAAGCAGGGUUUUAGCAUUGGAAGGCUUACAUAUGUGCCCGUAGGAGCUGGUGAGUUAUACUACUUGAGGGUUUUGUUGACAAAGGCAAAGGGGUGCACAAGUUACGAAAGUAUCAAAACAGUGGAUGGAAAACUAUGCAAAACAUUUCAAGAGGCAUGCAGUGAAAUGGGUCUUUUAAAAGAUGAUCAGGAAUUCAAAGAUGCACUUAUUGAAUCUUAUGAAACAGCUACAGGUGGUGAGAUGAGAAGUUUGUUUGUUAGAUUGUUGAACAUGAAUACAAUGAGUAAUCCAUACGAUGUAUGGAUUUCUACUUGGAAAUUACUAGCCGAUGGUAUUCUUUAUAAUAGAAGAAGAGCACUCAAUCUUCCAGAAUUGCAAAUAUCUGACGAUGAUUUGCAAACUCUUUGUCUAAUUGAGAUUCAAAAAUUAUUGAUGGCAAAUGGAAGAUCGUUAAGUGAUUAUAAGACUAUGCCUGUACCUUUUGAUGAAGAUCUCGACAUGUUUGAAAACAAACUCAUAGCCGAUGAACUCAGUUACAAUAGAGAUGAAUUAGCUGUUCUGCAUGCAAGUUUAGUUGAACAACUGAAUGAAGAGCAACGUGAGGUGUAUCAAAAAAUCAUGACAUCAGUUUUAGCUGAAAGCGGUGAGUUUUACUUUUUGUAUGGAUAUGGAGGUACUGGGAAAACUUUCUUAUGGAAAACACUCUCGGCUGCUUUAAGAUCUCAAGGUAAAAUUGUCCUUAAUGUUGCUUCAAGCGGUAUUGCUUCACUAUUGCUUCCUAAUGGAAAAACAGCUCAUUCAACCUUUUGCAUCCCAUUGGAAAUAAAUGAGAAAUCUACUUGCAAUAUUACACAAGAUUCUGUGAGAGCUAAUUUGUUAAGGGCAGCAAGUCUUAUCAUAUGGGAUGAAGCUCCGAUGAUGAAUCGAUAUUGUUUUGAAGCAUUUGAUCGUACAAUGAAGGAUGUGAUGUCAAAGGUAGAUAAAAACAACAAUUCUAAGCCUUUCGGUGGAAAGGUUGUUGUUCUAGGUGGUGACUUCAGACAAAUAUUGCCUGUAGUUAGAAAAGGUUCAAGAGGAGAUAUUGUGAAUAGAACAAUAUGCUCAUCAAAAUUAUGGAUGCAUUGCAAUGUUUUGAACUUGACAAAAAACAUGAGGCUGAAAAGUGAUUCAACGGACAAGGCACAAGCUGAGCUUAAAGAAUUUGCUGAUUGGAUAUUGAAAAUUGGAGAUGGCCUACUAAAUUCAGAUGACAAUGGAGAGGCACAAAUUCAAAUUCCUGAAGAUUUGUGUAUUUCAGAUGUUGAUAAGCCGUUGCUUUCUUUGGUUAAUUUUGUUUAUCCAAAUAUUGUAACCAAUAUUGGGGAACCAAACUUUUUUGAAGAUCAAUCAAUACUUGCUCCAACUUUAGAAGUUGUUGAACAGGUAAAUGAUUUUGUUUUAUCUAUGAUUCCCGGUGAAGAAAAAAGCUAUUUAAGUUGUGAUACACCAUGCAAAUCUGAUGAAGAUUAUGAAGUUCAAAGCGAUUGGUUUACAUCGGAAUUUUUAAAUGAUAUUCAAUGUUCCGGGGUACCCAAUCAUCGCUUAACACUCAAAGUUGGUGUUCCUAUUAUGUUGUUGCGAAAUAUUGAUCAAGCUAGCGGACUUUGCAACGGUACUAGACUACAAGUUAGGGACUUGGGAAAGAACAUCAUUAAAGCUUCAAUUAUCACCGGAAAACAUGCUGGUGAUAUGGUCUUUCUUCCAAGGAUGGACUUGGUUCCUAAUGAUUCUGGCCUUCCUUUCAAGUUUUCUCGCCGUCAAUUUCCUAUAUGCUUAUGUUUUGCAAUGACAAUCAAUAAAAGCCAAGGACAGUCUAUGUCCAAGGUUGGACUUUAUUUACCUCGACCAGUUUUUACUCAUGGUCAGCUCUAUGUAGCCAUUUCUAGAGUGACAACCAAGAGAGGAUUGAAGAUGGUUAUAUUAGACGAAGAUGGAAAGCCAUGCACCACCACUCUAAAUGUGGUAUAUCCUGAGAUUUUUGAAUCUUUGUAGCGCAAUUGGAGAUACGGCAUUAAUCUAAGGUUUAGAGUAGAAUCAAUGAAUCAUAUUUUGAACAACUCAUGAUCAAAUUCCUAUUUCUUAUGAUCAAUGCAAUGUCAUGUAUCUAAUUUCUUUAUUACAGUAUAUGUGACACAUAGAAAAACUUUUGUUCUUAAGAUGUGUUACAUUGAAAGUCUCUGUUUGUAAGGAUUCAGAUUUUGUAAGGUUGAUGCAUGUAUUUUGAUGCAAACAAUGCAAGCUUUUUGGUAUUUUAUGACUAUAAUGAUUAUUAUAAGAA